CCCUGGCAGCUGUCAAUCGAUUCCCAGUUCUUCUACAAUGGACAUCAAGAGUGAUCCUUCUAAGCAUGGAGAGAGUAUGAAACAAAGCUCCGCCGCCGCCGACGACUCUGAUUCCGUCCAUCUCGCAACCUCUCUGCCGGAAGAAAUCAUUUCAGAUAUCCUAAUCAAACUGCCAGUCAAAUCACUCAUCCGAUUUAAGUCCGUCUGCAAAUCCUGGAGUGCUUUGAUAUCUGAUCCAAUAUUCGUUAAGGCCCAUCUGCAAGGUAACAUCCAAGACAAGAAUUAUGCACGCCAUAGACUUAUUAUGAAAACCCGUCCUCAGUUUGAUGUGAAAUCCUGUUCUCUCUCAUCUGUUUUGAAUGAAGAAUCUUCUAUUACAGACAUCGAUUAUCCAUUGGAGGAUUACCCCCUAUCGUUUCGGGUAAUUGGUUCAGCUAACGGGUUAGUUUGUAUACGUUUGCUUGCAUGUGAUAAUUCUUUAUUUAUAUGGAACCCAUCUACUGGGAGAGCAAAGAGUCUGCCUCCUUAUGGUUUUAGAAUACAUCUAGAGCGAAUCAUUUCAUAUGGGUUUGGAUAUGACGAAGCUAAUUCCGAUUAUAAGGUGGUUGUUAUUUACCUUUUAGGAAGACCUUUUGAAAUGUCUUAUAAUCCUGUAGCAAAGAUUUAUGGGUUAAAGAGUGAUUCUUGGAGGAAGAUUGAAGAUUUUUAUAUAAUUCCUCAGAUGUCUCCUUAUUGCACGUUUGUGAGUGGAUCCCUUAACUGGGCAGCAGCUGUUGACAAUAUUGUCUCUUUUGAUUUGUCGAAAGAAACCUGUUCUGUAACCCGUCUACCUUUUUAUGACCGGGAGAUGGUUUGUGGUUCAAAUUUAGGGAAUUUAAGUGGAUGUCUAUGUCAGCUAUCUUCCGAUUAUGGGAUGAUGAAAAUUGAUUUAUGGGUGAUGAAGCAGUUUGGAAAAGUAGAGUCCUGGUCUAAGAUGUAUUCAAUACCGUAUCAAUGUGAGAUAAGAACUUUUAAGGAUUAUACAUCCUUGAUUAUUUCCGGGAAGAAUAAAGUGCUUAUGUUGAUUGGAUCGGUUUUGAUAUUGUGUAAUCUUGAGACUAAGACGGUUACACAUCCUGACCUUCAAAAUAUCAACAAUUUCCUUGAUGUAAACACUUAUAUUGAGAGCCUGGUCGCACCUGAUGAUGCCAGCAACAAAUCAUUAGAAGAGGUGAUUGAUGAAAUGGCAUACUGA